AUGAGUGAUAUCUCCAAGGACUUCCACGCGCUCCUACACCGUAUUGACGACGUUGCAGCGGACGAUUACACGGAGACGACGCCCUAUGCGUCGCAGUACCGAGUACUUGAAAUCCUACAAAAGAUCAGAGUUGCCACUCCAUCUCCAGCUCAAAAAGCCGUGGUAGCUGCUAAGCUAGGCGGAGUUUACCUAGCAGUGGGAGAGCCGCACAAUGCUGAGCCAAUGCUGUAUGAAGCUGGGCAAUUUUUCGUUCAGGAGCUGGUAACCUUCACGCAAAAGAUUCCAUUGGAUGACAGCUCAAAGGGUGAAGUGAAAAUCAAGGAGGUAGUGACGAAACUGCUGGCAGAUAUGCCACAAGUGGAGAUAAAGAAUGAGCACGAGGAGUUUGAGGGGUAUGUCGUGGAGCUUUUGACUCAAAUGGGCUUGCUUUGGUCGAAACGUUCUCGACUGCUCCGGGCGGUGUGCUAUUUGACGGCGGCGCUGAAUGUGCUCGACAAAUGCGGCCACAAAAAAGCCGACGGAAUGGUGUCAGCUCAGACGAUGACGCGUCUUUACCUUGCGCAGUCAUACGAAAAAUUGGGGAUGGCAGAUAACUCGGCGGAGUUCUGUUUAUCAACGCUGGAACUGCAGCUGUUGCAGUGUUUCGACGAUACUGAAACUGGCGAUAUGUCGAAACCUACGGGUGCCCCUGACUGGGUGCGAAAUGCGUUGAAGCUUGCCGAAUACUACCUCGAUGCAAACAACCUUAAAGAUGCAGCCAUAUGUCUACAAGGUUGCGAGUACAUGCUGCUGUAUAGAGGAAUCGACGAGGGGGACGAGGAGGAAGAAGAGGAAGCCCAGAUGUUACUCGUUGCUGACAUUUACUCGAUGUGGGGUCGGUUGCACAUGACUACGCUUCGGUUCGCCGGGAUGAGAAAGGAAGGGUCGUAUGCAAGAAAUGCUGGCCCUGCAUUGCAUCACCUCAGCAGCAUGGAGGCAAUAUUUGCCAAGCUCUCCCUUGCCCGACAAUGGGGGAAAGGCCAAUUGAAACCAGGACUCGGCAUGAUGUUUGUGUCCCCGCACUGUGUGGAAACGUAUGAGCAAGCUCGCGACGUAUUCAAAAUGGGCAUUCGCGCUUGUACACGUGCAAGGAAGGCGUUUGAUCUUGAUGGCUUUGUAACUGAGCAUGUGCGCCUUUUGCAGCAAGAAAGUGCGUUGUAUCGCCAAUUGCUUCCGUUUGAGGAUUCUCGGGGGCGACGUGUCGCAAUGCAAAGGCGGAGACUAGCAUUGUUGACAUCCGUGCUUGGAGACACAUUGAACGAACGUUCAAUCCCGGUUGACAUCCUCCAGGAAAUUUACUUCGAGUGCGCAGAGAUUAAUACCGACGUCUUCGAGAUCAAGCAAAGUAAGGAGGCAGGAGAAAAACCCAUGACGUAUGCGAUCGGUGCCAUUCAGUGCUACCAGCAGUUCCUCCUGCUAUAUUAUCCUCCAUCAGAGGUUGGAGGUGCAACGAAUAACGACCAAGUGCGAGCGCGCGUGUUGCGCGGUGGAAAGGAUGCGCAGCUUCCACACGGAAAAGCUUUGUGCCCGAGGGAGUUCCGCGCGAUGCUGAUGGGCUACUAUGGUCUUGCUCAUGUGUGUGGAAAGGUUUUGUGUUUAUCCGACACCGCUAAGAUUGUGGGAUUUUGGCGUCAAAGCCUUGCAUACUACGAGGUAGUCCCAGCAUUGGUCCGGGAAUACGAAAAUCUGUAUCACGCGUCUUACGGACACGAAUUGAGCCGCAGCUUGAAAAGUGAGGUCACAAUUUGCGGCGAGAUGGCGCGAUUGCUGCCAGAGAAAAUCGACCAGCUCGUGUACAACGGCAAGGCGCUAAAGGCAUGA